AUGUCAAGCAGCGCGAAGGGCCGACAAGAUAGUGCGGCACUGUUUGUUCUCUCCGCAGUAUGGUUAGCCUUAAUAACAAUUAUCAGCGUAUGGAAACUAAAACAAUUCAAAUACAGACUCAUUAAUGAAGCUGGAGGUGCAAUGUUUUACGGUGUCUUUCUGGGUUUAGCUGUCAGGUACUUGUGGAUGGACCGAGAGGAUCAUUUGGAGAACAUGGGCAGCGUUUGUUCUUUCCGCGGUCUAAACAGCACUCCUCAUGUCAUAAUGGUCAACAUCUCAUCCCGUGAGCACUGUUACAGACUUAUUGACAAGAAGGGCCAAAGAUGCUCGCAGCUCCCAAGUCGUCACACGGGUAUGCUUGAUCCGCAAAUCCUUUUUGACCUUUUCCUGCCCCCCAUCAUCUUCUUUGGGGCUUACACCCUGAAUCAGAGUCGAUUCAUCAAGAAUCUGGGCUCUAUUGUGACUUAUGCUUUUCUGGGCACCAUGAUCAGCUCCUUGUCCAUAGGGGCCCUUGUCUACGGCUUCACCAGACUCAUGGUGCUUCUGAGGCGAGCAGCAGAUGGAGAGUUCUCCCUCACUGACUGCCUCCUGUUUGGUGCAAUCAUGUCAGCCACUGAUCCUGUCUCAGUCCUUGGGCUGUUGUCGGACCUACCUGUGGAUUCGGAUUUGCACGCCCUGCUGUUUGGCGAGAGUGUCCUUAAUGAUGCCGUGGCCAUUGUCUUGACACAUGCCAUCACCUCCUAUGACCAGAUGGGAACAGGAAACGUCUUUCAGACACCUGCCUUCUUCCGCUCUGUUGGUUUCUUCGUUGGAGUGCUCAUUGGCUCCUUCCUCCUUGGAUUCAUAUUCACAGUAAUAACAGCCCUCCUCACCAAACUCACCCGACUCCAUGAGAAUCCUCUGCUGGAAACAUCAAUCUUCUUCCUCCUGUCCUGGAGCAGCUUCCUCUCAGCAGAAGCCUGUGGACUGUCAGGCAUUGUGGCAGUUCUGUUUUGUGGCCUGAGCCAGGCAAAGUACACAAAUCUCAAUUUAUCGCAGAAGGGGAGUACAAGAACCAAACAGCUCUUUGAAGUCCUCAACUUCCUUGGGGAGAUUUUCAUCUUUGGCUACAUGGGAUAUAUAUGGUUUACAUUUCAUCACCAUGCCUUCAGAGCUCUCUUCAUCACUGGAGCAUUUUUAUCCAUUUUUAUUUCAAGAGCCUGCAACAUCUACCCUUUGUCUUUCCUAAUAAACCUGGGUCGUACAAAGAAGAUUUCCCGCAACUUCCAGCACUUUAUGGCCUUUGCAGGUUUAAGAGGGGCAAUUUCUUUUAGCCUGGCUGUAAGAGACACUUCAACAGAAGCACGGCGCACCAUCCUCACCACCACACUGCUUCUGAUUGGCUUCACCGUCUGGGUGCUGGGUGCAGCUGCCGAUCCCCUGCUGGGCCAUCUGGACCUCAGAGUCGAAGAGGAGACGGAUGGCAACCUUCAGGAUGUUUCCUCUGAGGUUGAUACGGAGAGGCAGGACACAUCACAAAGCCUAUGGCACCGUCUGGACCACCGAUAUCUAAAGCCCCUGCUGACCCACUGUGGCCCCCCGCUAACUGACUCGCUGCCACAGUGGUGUGGUAGGUUUGCUGGAGUCUUCUGUGGCCACCAAAAGCAGGAGGAUGAGGAGCAGGCCUUUGAGACUGAACCAGAGAACUUUGACGUCAAUUUGGAAAACUCUGAUCUUCCGUCCACACGAAGCUGCGACUCUGGGUCAGAGCAGCAAGAGGACCUGCUGGAGGGAGAUUUGGGCCUUGGCACCGGAGCAGCUCACGUCAUUGAAGAGAGAAUUGAAGAGUAACUUUGCUUUAUUAUUCCCCUCUGUUGCUUUAAUGCUAACCUCCACCUCCCACAGAGCGCAGGGACCAAGGUCUGUGUAUUUCAAAGCCACCGAGAGGGAGUUUGUUCCUGUGACUCGCAUAAGGUCACACAACCCUCAUGUGCUGAGUCGUGUGCAAAAACACACUCACGCUGGAAGGAAGAGACAAUUAGUGAAUGCUGGCAUUCUUCCUGUUUCUCUCCUGGAGACAUAUUGUCCUGUUUUGUUUCAAAUUUAUUUUCAUCUGCAGGAGCAUGUGUGUAAAUUAGAAUGUCAUCAAAAAGUCAAUUUAUUUCAUCUCAAAAAGUGAACCUCAGACAUAGAUUUAUUACACAGAGGAAUAUCACAAGAAAUUAAAAGAGGUAUAUAUUGUUUUAACUGAGAGGCCAUGCUCGUGGGGGAUACUGUCGAUUCUCUGAGUCUGGAUGAAGAGCGAGGAGGAGCAGAAUCCAAAUUGGUUGAGCUCCAGUAUGAGUUUUGCACUAAGUUUUCCGUUAGUAUGCAGUCAUGUUCAGUGCAUUAGAAUAUGUCUGACAAACAAGUGAAGCUUGUUUCAAAGUAAUUUUUGAAAGUAACAACCUUUGUGCAGGUAUUAAAUGUAGUUUUUAUUGAAAAUUUCUGUAUUCAAACUAAUAUUCUAGUCUUCUAAUCUUAAAGGUAGGAACUUCUUUAAUCUUUUUAUCUAAUGAACUAAGUUACUGAAAUAAAUGAAAUUUUCAGUAUUAUAAAAAUCUAUUAAAUAUGACUGCCUUGGACAUAACACUGUGAAUGGAGAGGUGCUUAAGCACAGUUUUUGGCUUAAGCUCCUUGUGAAGAGUCCCAGUGACUAUUGGACAAAUAAAGGUCUCGUUCAUUGAUCUGUGUAAUAAUACCCAUUUCAAGAAACUGAGUUUAGAUUCGCUUUCGCUAUGCACCAUUUUCAUUUAAAUUAACAGCGACAAAUGCUUGAGAUAUAUGUUGUUACCACUGGUGAAUGAAAUUGGUUACAUUAACUGGACAGAGAUAGUGUAAAUUAUUAAGGUGCACCUGUAAAAAAUUUUGAAAAUAAAAAAAGAUGAAGUUUCAUAAAGUGGGAACUUCCUCACCAGCAUACACAGUGAUUGAAUGCCACUGUUUUUCUUCAAAUCACCAGACCCAGGAUGUUAUUUCAGUUCUGCUCCUCUUUUCUGCCCAUCUCCUGAUUAAGCUUUCAUUACAUUUUGCCCUUUUAGCUAUUUCAAAUUCCCCUACUCAUUUUCCUCCAUGUCCUCCUUAUCAUCCAAGAGCAUUCUGUUAACAUAACAGUUCUGGUUCUUAUUAUAGAAUGCACAUUGUUUCCUUUUUGACUCAUAAAUCUCUGGGUUGUCCCACUUUAAUUCCCCUGGAGUGAAUCAGGGUGCAGUUUGCUGUAGGUUAGGCUUUGAGUAAUACACCCACUGCCCUUGAAAUGAUCUCUCUUCUAUUUAUGCAACAAAUGCAUGGGCACAUCUGUGGAAUGGGGGUCUUUCAGCUGUUGCUUGCUGAAAAUGUUUACCAUGUAAGCCUGAUGGCAAACUUGAUAAGAGUUACACUCCGAUUAAAGAGCUGAGAACAACAGCCUUUGAUCACAAGUCUCCAGACUAAAAUCCUUAAGAGCUGUUUUCUAAAACUAACUAAAUAUAGUUUGAUUUGCUGACACAAUGCCUUCACAGUGCUUUGUUUAAACAGUAGUUUUGCUCAUUUUAAAUCCACUUUUAGGACAAUAACAAUAACAAGAUUGUACAGAAAAAUACAGAAAACGGCAUAAACGACAGAGAAACAUGGUGGCAUUCAUAAAAUAAUGCCACAGUAGUUUAAACAAAGUCUUUGUUUAAACAGUAAUUUAAACAAAGUCAUGUCAGUUUUGUAACUUCCUAAUUUUGUCAUUCAAUCUUAUGAACUACAAAGGUUUUACCGAUGGGUUUUCUUCUCCUCACUGAUCUAGUAGUUACCAAUCAAUUUAUUUACAGGAAGAGGAAGUUGAUCAAACACAAGGACCUGAUUUUAGAGCUAAAUCCCAAAACCUAAGAAACAACAAUUCCUUUAUUUUAUGAAUGCCACCAUUUUUCUCUGUAGGUUGUAGGUUAUACCAUUUUCUGUAGUUUUCUGUAAGAGCAAUCAUGUCAUCAUUUUCCUAAAAGUGGAUUUAAAAUGAGCAAAACAGGUUUAUCUCAAAUUUGUCUUGUGCUUGAAGUACGUUUUAUGAAUGCAAUGUUUUUAUUUGGCUUCUAUUUUUCUUAGAUCAUUUGUUUAUGUUUGUAUCUUAGGUUCCCUCAAUUGCACAUUUUGUUUGUAUUCGAGCAGUUACUUUUUUAUUUUAUUUACUUGUUUUUUUUUUCCAUUUAUUGUUGUAAUGAUAGUUUGCAUACUUCUUCUUUUGUAAUUCACAAUAGACCACUAUGUGUUUAAAAAAAUGUAUGGAAAAUCUGACUGGUUGACUUCAGUCAAUUUAUUGAUUGAAUAAAUUAGAAUAGGAUUUUUAAAAGGUGAAACUCAUAUAGCUUUCGUCCACAAAUAGUGAUAUAUUGCAAGCCUUUACAUAUAGUUGUUUAAAAAUGUGUAUUUUCUGUAACACCAUAUUUGUGAGAAAUCUAAUUUCAAACCAAUAGGAGAAGAUGACCAAUAAAACAGAAAUGUUUAAAACAUUGUGGGGAAUACUUCUGACUGGGCUGUUGCUAGAAAAAUAUGAACUUUUAAAGUAACAAAAAAGAUUAUUUUAUAAAUGCUUGGAGCAUAUAACCUUUUGCAUACAGAAUUUUUACAAUUUGACUUUUCCCUUUUUAAUUUAACUUCAAAACCAAGCUCUAGGUGAUCUGAUUUAUAAAUCUGUAAAUAAAGUUUUAAUAGGCUGUUUUUUUUACUUAACUUUUUUUUUUAAUUGUGUUUUUAAAGUAAAGGAGGGGUGUUUUUAGGUGUCUUUGCCCUGUGUUUUUGCUUUUGACGUGAUGCCCAGGCAUGCAUGGGUUAAAUGUCACACUUGGUUCUGCAGACAGCCUGAAGCUGAGCUACAAGCACUGAUCAUGUCCAACAGUGUGAAAGAUGCGAAUGAGAAGUAAAUAAUAAAAACUUACUGCCCUGUUUAGAUUUUUCCCCUUUUUUUCUUUAUCGUCUGAUAAAGAAAGUUGAUAUGUCUGUCAAAACGAUA